UACACCUGGAGCAAGGGUGAGAGAGAAAUGAAAACAGUUGCACCAGAGAGCACUGUGGAACAGUGGAGUAUCACCUAAAUAAACAAUCAAAGGACAACUAAAUAACUAAAACAACCCUGGAGGAGCCAGAGCCAGAGACUGCACAGCACGAGCAUGAGGCCACGAUGAGCUGUGCUCAGGCUGGACCAGAAGAGAACUCCGCUUAUGCCAGUGCAAAUACUAACACAAGCCUCAACAGCACCACCAGCGAUGAGUUGGAGUGCAAAAUCUGCUAUCAGCGCUACAAUACACACAGCCGCAAGCCCAAGAUUUUGGAUUGCCUGCACCGUGUGUGCGCCAGAUGCCUCAACAAGAUCCUGGACAUAGGGGACGGCUCCAGCUGCAUCAGCUGCCCUUUCUGCCGUCACGAGACUCAGGUCAGCGAUUACGAAGUAGCCGGACUGCCCGAUGACUCAAACAUCAUGUCCCGUCUGGCGCUGCGGGACAAGUCCUGGAGCUCUGACCACAGUAAGGAGGUGGUGCUGACGCCCAAAAGCCUGUCCUCCAAUGAAAGCCCCUCCCACGACUCCUCCAACUGCCUGGUCAUCACCAUCAUGGAGGUGCAACGGGACCAGCAGCGCUCACCUAGCCAAAAUGCCAGUUCUGAUUACUAUGGUGACCACAGUUUGGACUCUGUCUCCGUGGCAUCCAACAGCGCCGCGGUGGACCAGAACUUGGACACGCUGUCCAAGUUCUGUAAUCACGUGCCGCGGGUCUUAGUGUGGCUGUUGGGCUUUUUUUACUUUGGUUCGCUGCCGCUGGGCAUCUACUUGCUAGUGAUCCAGAGAGUGACUCUGGGGAUUGUGUGUGUGAGCCUGGUGCCAUCCAGCCUCACAGUCUGUCUGGUCUAUGGCUUCUGCCAGUGUCUUUGCCAGGGCAUGUGCGAUUGCUCCAACAGGGGGUGACUGUUAUGAAAAAGGCCAGGCCCAGAGGAAAAAAACAAAACACAGGCUACUUCAUCUCACCACACUGAGAGAAGAUAAAAAUAAGCUCUAUACAUCAGAAUAGUCCCUGAAUCUCUUUGCUGCAAUUAAAAUGCAAUUUGUACCAUCUAGCUUUGAAAGGAUGUGUACAAGCAGCUUUGAUAAGAGGAUGGUCAGGCAUUAAAAGCGGAAGGUCAGUUUGGAGGACACACUAUUAGCUUAACAUACCUUCAAGCACUGACAUUCUGAAGUAAACAACUGACCUUAGAACAGCUUUCCCAUGCAGAUCAGAUGAUGAUGCAUGAGUGGGAGUUUAUCAAAGCAGAGCAGAAGGUCUUCAAGCUUUAUGUGUAUAGCCAUGCCGAGCAGGCGGGCCAUUAAGAAUAAAGUUUAACCAUGGAUAAUUCUCAUUGCUGUGAAAUAAACUGUGUGCCCUGAUUCUCUCUGCCACAAAUGUAAGGCUCCAUGAGCAGCACUGUUACAGUUUAAGACUGGCCCCGUCUGACUGGCUAAAGACUGUUAGGUAUUACAAAGUAUCAACUGGUAAAAGGGGCAUCUAAAUAAAAUAAAGAUUGUUGA